GCAAACCAUCCCACUUUCAGAACAGCUAACGGAAUGACAAGCAAUGUUUCCUAUCCUAUACCGCCAUCAGUGAUGGAUACUACACAAGAAAAGUCUCCCAUGUUUACAUCAAUGUCAUGAAUUAGGCAUCAGCAAACGGAGAAUUGCGAAAAUUACGAGAAUAAACAAUGCUUCUCCACGGCAACGUUCAUUUCUAUUACGCAACGCAUGAACGGGCCUAAAUAGAAACGAACGGUUUAGCAUCGAGUGCUUCACUUAUUGAACGAACCCCAGCUGAGACCUACUAGUGUCAACAAGACAGUACAGUAAUUCCAGCCCCCGAUUCCCGAAUAGAAACAGGAUUUUGUGAUUUUACCGUUCCUGUUAUCGGUAUUUUCGUCAUUGACUGAUUUCAACCAGACCCGGAGGAACAUAAGGUAUGUUUAAUCCCAGUCAGUCAACUUAUGGAGGGUAUAGUGAUUAUUGGGGAGGAUACGGCCGACCUCCAGUUCCUCCACCUCCAAUGCCACCAAUUCCUCCAAAUAACCAGUCCCAUUAUCCUAGUAUUCCACCUCCUGUCUCCUAUCGUCAUAUAAGGUCUCUUCCUCAUACAUUUCGGCCUCCUCCUCCCCCUCCUCCUCCUCCUGAACGGGCCAAUCCCCCUUGUGAAGAUUCACCAUCAGAAAGAGUACCCUUGGAAGAACCAUUAAUUCCUUCAGAAGAUGACAGUGAUUCAGACCAAGGAUCUAAUGAGCAACAUGAGCCAGUGAUAGGGUCUCCACUGGUUCCAAGAGGGAAAGAAGCUAAGGCAACAUCUUAUGACUCCUCAAGGAAAUCAAGACGUAGAGAAAAAUCUACCCCGAGUCAGCCCACAAAGGUUUCAGGAUCUGUUUAUAAACGACCAUUACCAGUUGAGUUAGAUCCUAAUCUUCCUUCAGAGCUGGUUGAAAAAUUUCAAAACAACCAUUGUAAGCUUUGUGAUGUCAAGCUCAAUUCAAGAAUACAGUCAAAAAAUCACUAUGAAGGAAAGCCUCAUAAGAAAAAAGUCAAGCACUAUCUUAUUGAAUCUGCACGUAAAGAUGGAGAAUCUGCAGCCAAGCUGCCCAAAAUUGACAUCUCUCCUUCCAAAAGGAAACCAGAAACUCUUGAUGUAAGUCAGCUUUACUGUAAAUGUUGUGAUCUCAGUUUUACAUCAGAGCAACAUGCCCAACAGCACUAUAUGGGAAGGAAUCACCAACGAGUUUUGCAUGGACUUAAACCAUUAAAAGCUGGUUAUUACAAUAAGGACACUGGGAAAUGGCAGAGAACUCCUCCUGAUCCUAGAGUGGCAGCAGAGAGAAUAGGGCUGAAUCUUGACCCACCAUCAGAUGAUGAAACCAAUGGAACUUCAAAGAAACCUGAAGAGCCAUCACCAGUUAAAGAGAAAGAAAGAUACUUUUGUGGCUUAUGUGGUGUCUCAGCAACAUCAAAGGAGCAGCUUGAUGGCCACAUGGUGGGACAACGUCAUAUGAAGAAUGUCAGAGCUACUACCAAAAAAGCAUCUUCAUCUUCGACUGGUUAGUUAAUGGUUCUUAUACAUAA